AUGGCCGACGCUCCGUCCAGUCGCGCCGACGAGGUGCAGACGCUCUUAAAGGCCGUCGAGGACCUUCUCAUUCCCUUCAUUCGAUCCGCAGACGAGCCUCCAGUCCCCGCGAAGAAGCACACGAACGGCGUCAAUGGACAUGCUACCCCGCAAGGAACAUCCCUAGUCGACUAUAAAAAGCCAGAAGAUCUGCGAGACAUUCUCCAGCUGGAAAUCCCCGAGCAAGGCCGGAAGCAGGAGGGCUUGAUCGAAGUCCUGGAAAAGGUUCUGAAAUACUCGGUCAAUACCUGGCAUCAGGGCUUCCUCGACAAAUUGUAUGCGUCUACAAAUGCCCCCGGCGUGGCAGCGGAGCUCAUUCUUGCGACCUUGAACACCAACGUGCACGUCUACCAGGUCUCGCCUGCUCUCACGGUUAUUGAGAAAUUCACUGGCCAACGACUAGCAAACCUUUUCGGGCUGAACGGUCCUCGUGCAGGAGGUAUUUCUGUCCAGGGUGGCUCGGCUUCAAACACUACAUCUAUUGUCAUUGCUCGCAACAAUUUAUACCCAGACACAAAGACCGAGGGUAAUGGCGGGUACAAGUUUGUGCUUUUCACCAGCGCCCAUGGCCACUACAGCGUUGAGAAGGCUGCUCAAAUGCUGGGAUUCGGUAGCAGUGCCGUCUGGCCUGUACCAAUUGACAAGCAAGGUCGGAUGAUCCCCGCUGAAUUGGAGAAAAUGGUGCAGAAAGCGCAAAGUGAAGGCCGAACGCCGUUCUACGUGAACGCCACGGCCGGUACAACGGUCAUGGGCUCCUUCGACCCUUUCAACGAGAUCGCCGCCAUCUGCCAGAAAUAUAACCUGUGGUUCCAUAUCGAUGGAUCCUGGGGUGGUUCGUUCAUCUUCUCCCGCAAGCAGAGACAUAAGCUGGCCGGUUCAGAAAAGGCGAACAGCAUUGCGAUCAACCCGCACAAAAUGCUCGGCGUACCGGUGACAUGCUCAUACCUCCUGGCCGCAGACAUUCGCCAAUUCCACCGCGCCAACACCCUCCCCGCAGGCUACCUCUUCCACAACGAUGAUACCGAGCCAACCCAAAACGGAAAUUCCAACGGAUCCGAACUAGAGGUCGAUUCACCCGAGGUGUGGGAUCUCGCAGACCUAACUCUCCAAUGCGGCCGUCGUGCAGACUCGCUCAAACUCUUCCUGGGAUGGACAUACUACGGAACCGAAGGCUACGAGAAGCAAAUCGAUAACGCAUGCGAAGUAGCCGCAUACCUGGCUACCCUAGUCUCGCAAAACCCCAACUUCACCCUCGUCAGUGAGAACGCGCCUCCUUGUCUGCAGGUUUGUUUUUACUACACGCCUGAUAAGAAAAUGGUCUACCCGCGCGGUAUUGUCUCGAAUGAGACGCAGCGGGCGAAGAACAAUAGCAAGGUCACUGAGCAGAUUACGCAUGCGAUUGUGCGGAAGGGCUUUAUGGUUGAUUUUGCUCCUCCUAGUGGGGAUGAGGAUGAAGUUGGGAAUGGCAAGUUUUUCCGCUGUGUGGUCAAUGUUUUGACUAGUAAGGAGACGGUUGAGAAUCUUGUGCAUGCUAUCGAGGAUGUUGGUCCUGCGAUUGUUGAGUCCUUGACUUCGGCUGUUGCUCAGAAGCGGCUUGGUGAACGUGGACAUGGUCCUGUUGUUCAUCACCGGUGA